UAGACCUGUCUACUGCAUCAUAUCUCUCUGUUUCUUUGACUUCAACUGCUAUCUCUGGUAAAAAAAAAAAAAUAUUACAUUGCAAUUUUUUCUUUUAAACUUCAAUUUUACUUGCUAAUUUAGUCCUGAUCGGACAUUGUUUUUGUUUAUCCCGGCACUAAAUUUCCAAGAUUAUUCUUCACCAUGUCGAGGCAGCCAGCACAAUAUCACCAGCAGGGUGCCUAUUUGGCUCUGAUGAGAGGUUUGAAUGAGGUGGACCUUUGUGGCCCUCCUGUGCUCUCUAACCUGAUUCUGACAGGAGACCAUGCCUUUCCUUUGGUUAUGAACAACCAAGGCCAGGUCCUGAUGGCGGCCUCUCAGUAUGGCUCCGGAAGGAUUGUGGUCUUGGGUCAUGAGGCCUACCUGACGACAUUGGCUGCUCUCGUAGAAAAUGCACUGACCUGGCUGAGAGGAGACAGAUCAGAGAACCUGUCAGUGGACGUCCACACAAGCGUUAAAGCAGUGGUUGAUAAUCUCAGCAGAUCCAGUUUCCAAACCAGAGUUGUGGGGGCAUUCCAAAAGAAUUCGAAUGCCGGUGUGUAUGUAACAGAUGCCUACAGCCUUGGUACAGAUGUAAAGGACCUAGUGGCUUUCCUGAAAAAUGGUGGGGGAGUGUUGAUCGGAGGGCAAGCGUGGAAUUGGGCUGCAAAUCACCCAAAGGAAAACACUCUGUUUCAGUUUGAAGGGAAUAAACUUUCUGGUGUGGCCGGGAUUUACUUUUCUGAACAUCCGGGGGAGGCUGAAUGUCUGCCUGUGUACCCUCAGAUUCCAUCUUCCUGGAUGAGUGUUGUUAUCGGUAAGGAUUUUGAGGAAGACCUGGAGUUCUUACUGCAUGGAAUAUCUGAGUUUGACCUCUCUGGUAAUCAGAUUGCUUCUGAGAUUCUUGUUCAUGGCCAGCUUGCCUUCCCUGUUGCAAUGGCAGACGAUAAACGGACAUUUUUGGCCGCCUCUUAUUAUGGACUGGGGCGUGUCAUUGUUGUGAGCCACGAACAGUAUCUGCAAAGAGAGGAGCUGGCUCCAUUUUGGAACAACGCAAUUCACUGGUUGACCAAAGACCAACAUGGCACUAUCGGCAUUCUGAGACGUGACGACCUCAAAGUUUUCAAGGAUUCUGGCUUCAAGUGUGAGGAGACAGACUUCCGGAAAGACCUGAGUGUGUUUGUGGGCUCAGCAUAUAAUGACAAAUAUGCAGAGGAGAUCCAUGACUUUGUAGCAGAGGGGGGAGGCCUGUUGAUUGGUGGCCAUGCCUGGUACUGGGCACAACAACACAAUGACCAAAACCCAUUUACAGAGUUCUCAGGGAACAAAAUCAUCAACAAAAUGGGCCUGAGCCUCUUGAGUACAACCAUUAAGGGAGGUGUCUUCAAGGCCCCUGUGCCCAGCAAGACCGUCAAAGACACCUACCACUUCCGCCACCUUCUGCAGCGCUUUGCUGCUCAUGUAACUCAGGGAGAGAAUCUUACCCAGCAUGAAAAGCAGUGCCUUAAAAGGCUUGGAAAGGACUGUGCGGCCUUCUUAAAGAUGAAUGCCCACGACUGCUGCCCAUACAAUCAGGUCCUGUCCACCCUCACAAAUGUCCUGAAAAGAUCAGGCAUGCCUCAGGUAUGUGACAGCUGCCCAGUGAAGUCUCCCAAAGACCACCUCCUUCUCAGUGUGGGCACAGAGGUAUACAAGGUUUGCCACAAUCCUGACAGUCUGAUGCCUUACCUAAUCAAGCAGAAUCCCCUGUUACCUGUUGUCUACAACUACAAGAUUCCAUUGAACGUCAACACAGCAGAAGGGGAAGAGUGGAUCAGUACAGGUCUCUACCUGUCUCCUGGUAUGAAGACUUACAUGGCGUUACCUGCACAGAUUGUCAACAAGGGAUGGAAGGUCCAAAUUGGUUGUCAAACAGACCAUCUUCAGCAUGAAGAGUUGAAGAGAGCACCCAAAGUUCAUGAGCGAUUUUCCGUUACCACGGGGAUGUUGCUGGUGUGGAACUUGUGGGGGGGUCUGGUCUACUUGGUGGCCCCACCGAAAACCCAAGUCGGGGGCCUAGAGGUCACAGUGCAGAUAGCUGUGCCAGCGCCUUAUUAUAAAUCUGGUGCCACAACACUAGCCGAUUGGUCUCUGCGGCGCACAGCUCCUUCCCCCUGGGCCGAGUUGGAGUUUGAGAACAUUAUCCUCACUGUACCCUCAGAUGUCAUACGGACGCUAGAUCGGCCAGAUUUGUUGGCGGCGUUCUGGGACACCAUCAUGAGAAGCAUUGCUGACCUGGCUGCAAAACCACACACAUAUGCCCGUAAAGAACGCUUUGUCGCAGAUGUGCAGAUUUCUCAUGGGUGGAUGCAUGCAGGAUACCCAAUUAUGAUGCACAAGGCUUCAGCAGCUAAUCUGGUCAAUCUUGAGCAUGCCAAGAGCAAAGGUGUGUGGGGGUCAGUUCACGAGCUUGGACACAAUCAGCAGAGAGCAUGCUGGGAGUUCCGACCACACACCACAGAGUGCACAUGCAACCUUUGGUCAGUGUAUGUGCAUGAAAUGGUGUUAGGGAUCAACAGGGCAAAGGCUCACAGCGCAAUCACUCCAGACAAAAGAAAAAAUCGAUUGCAGGAAUUUGUAAAAGAGGGCAAGCCACUAGGCAAGUGGGAGGUGUGGGUGGCUCUGGAAACAUACUUACAGCUCCAGGAAAGAUUUGGUUGGGGUGCUUUCAAGAGCGUGUUUGCUGCAUACCACACCAUGAACAACUUUCCAAAGGACAACAACGGAAAGAUGAACCUCUAUGCAGAGACCUUCUCGCAGACGGUGAAAAUGAACCUCUCUGGGUUCUUUAAGGCCUGGAGCUGGCCUAUAGAGAGAGCUACUGAGGAGAAACUAUCCCAACUUCCUCCCUGGACUGACCACCCCAUGGUCAAGCAUGGCUAAACGUUUGACUGGUGUUGAUUUGAGUGCGGGAAUCUGUUAGAAUCGCUACUUCGACUCCAUUUGUUUUAUUAUUGGGGUUAACGUAAUUUAAACUACUCUUGGAACGGUGUUCCUCCCAAACAGCUUCUCAGAGUUGUAAGUUUUUCUUUUAUAUGGGUAAAACAAUGACUCUUAUGGUUAUGAAUAAGGUGGUAUGGUAUGGUAAUAAUGACAUAUGUAACACUGACGGCAGUGAUUUUACUGCACGCAAACAAGUGACGCUAAUAACCUUGAGGAAGGGAACAAUAAAUAUUAACACACAAAAUACAUCACACCCCUUCUUUUUCAGUUUAUUUAGUAUUAAGAGUAUAAACAUGAAAUAUGUGUCAAUUUCAGGCUUAAUAGCUGAAUUAUUGAUGGCAUGAUUAAAAAUGUAUGGUCACUGUUUAAGAGCUCUGGUUUCUUCUGUAAACCAGGGGGUACGCCUUUUAGGGGCCUUUUUUAGCUUUAGUGGUGCUAUAUCAAUGGCGUAGCGCAGGACAUUGUUAAAGUUGUUAGUCAGGUUAUCGAUAGAGCCCACAUAAUUUAGGAAUGGUGCCAUUACCGAAGUCAGUAGGCCAGCAAGAGUUGUAGUUGUGACAACAUUAAUGUUGCGGCUGUUAAAGCAUUGUUUAUUAGUAGCUUAUUGACAAUGAGUCAGAACUUCAAAUGUUAUAAGGUAACAUUACUUUAGUGUACGGGAAUACCAUAACUUUGGAGGUGGUGACACCCCGGACAAGGACUAGGUCUAUCGUAUUACCGUUGCGAUGCGUGGGUUCGUUUAUAAUUUGUGUAAGACCACAACUAUCAAAUAUAGUCUGGAGUGCCACGCACGGAGUGUAGGACAGGGUAAUCAUAUGGAUAUUAAAGUUCCCCAUUAUAAUUAUAUUAUCUGCGUGCGUCACUGUAUUAGCGACAAAAUCUGAAAAUUAACUGACCAUGUCCGGGGGCGAUAUAUAACAACCAGAUGGAGAGGUAGCGGUGUGACAGAGCUCAAAGUAAGCACCUCAAAUGAUUUAUACUUAGGUUAGGGUUUUCAUUGGAUGUUAGUCAUCAUCAUCAUCAAUCUUUUUAGCAGACCUUAAGAUCCAUUACACAUAUAAAAACAAUACAAAACAUUAAAAACAAAACAAUAAAACAUAAAGCCGAAAUGUCACUUUCUGACAUACAAACAUGUGUGCCAAUAGUUCCACAGUCCAGAUGAGUACCUAACAGAACUGCGGC